GUGGCCGUAGCGCCAUGGAGUCGAUCGUCUAUUAUGUCAAUGAAUUUGACAUUGUUGGCGGUUUCUUACUCACAGCAGCAUUCCUCCUCCUUCUCCUCCCAUUUAGUCUCACACCCUACGGAAUCGCCCAGUACAAAAGUGCAAUAUUCAUUUCGAUGAUCGUGAUCGGGUUCUUCUUAUUCAUUGCCUUUGGCCUAUGGGAGCGAUACGGAGCACAUAGCCACUUCAUCCAGUGGCAGGUCUUCAAGCAGCCGACGGUAGUAGGGGCGUGUGGGCUAUCGGCAUUCCUCUUCUUCAGCCAUUACGCGUGGGAACUUUACUUCUACAACUUCCCCAUGGUAGUCAACGGCCUGAGCAUCAGCAUGACCGGGUACGGCGGACAGAUCUACAACGUGGGGUCGUGUUUCUGGUCCGCCGUAUUUGGGAUCAGCGUCUACGUAACCAAGCAGUUCAAGUACUCAUGCUUGGGCUUUGGGCUGCCCCUGAUUCUGCUCGGAGCGGGACUGAUGAUUCACUUCCGAACCCCUGCGGGAACAUCGGGUAUAUCGCCAUGUGUCAAAUAUUUAUUGCCUUCGGGGGCGGGACACUGGUGAUCGGAGAGGAUAUGGCGAUCAUGGCCGCCUCGGACCGGGAGGGAGUGCCCGUGAUGUUGUCCUUGAUCGGACCGUUCUCGAGUCUGGGUGCAUUGCGGCGGUGGCGGCGAUGGCAAUGGAGAUUCCCUGUGUAGCCAUGUGGAAGGGUUUCACAUUGGAGGAGCCGCCGAACAAAAGAGAAAUGAUG